CCGACUUUAUGUAAAUCAAAAUAUCAAAGCAGGUUUAAUUACUCUGAAACAUGUUGAAGGAGCUAUCAACUAUCUCUCUUGGAAGACAAUUCAAGGACAAAAUAAAUCGACGAAUAGACUAGAUGACAUAAUUGAGCUUACUGACAAGGUAACAACAGUUGUGAAAGGGCUUGUGGUGGAAUUGGGGAAUGUUAUGCUUUCAGAUAUUGAGGAACUCUUUCCAGUACAAUUGUUUAUUGAAGGGACACAUAGAUCGCAACAUAUACCUGUAGUAUCACAAUCAAAAGUAUCAAGAAUAAAUCUUAGUCUCCAAGCUUGUGACCAUACAAUUAUGGCACACCGUGCAUACCACAGUUCUGGCGUAGAAAUUGCACUAAAAUUAUUGGCACCUUACAAUAAUACAAGUGAAAUACACCUUAGACAU